AUGUAAUAUGAGAAUAGAGAAAUAUAUGAGAAUGCUAUUAAUUCAUUCAAUGAGGCAGAUAUCAAAGAGUUUCAGUUAAAAUAUUUCAAGACUUCCAACAAUUUAGAGCUUCAUUCAUUAUCAUACUUAGAAAUUUAGAAUUCAUAUUAUGCAGACAAUAAUCUAAUGGCAUCAGAAUUCUAUAACUCCCCACAGUUGAUAAACGCUUUCAACAUUGCAUAAUACAAAAUGAAUAAUUUAAAAUUACUUUUUGAAUAAAGAGACACUAAUUUAUUCGGAGUGUGGCUUUGGAAAUAAGGAGAACAAUUAUUAAUUUAUGUUGAUGAUUUAAUUCCAUGUAAAGCGAGCGGCGAUAAUUAUGAGAUGGCAACAGUAACUUCAAAAUAUAGAUGGCCAAUUAUUUUGGAAAAAGCAAUUGGAAAAUUAUUAGGAUUUGAGUAUGAGUCCUUUAAUUUGAUAUCAAAUGAUUCAACUGAAUUUUAUCUCUAAGUAACAUUCAAAUUAAAUACGCCUAGAUGAUUACUGGAUCAGAAACAUAUGAAUAGGAAUUCUAAACUAUUGAAGAAUUAUAGAAAAAGAUUAAAGCUAAUUAGGAAAUUUAUUAUGUCAAGUACAAGUAAGAUUCAAAAACCAUAGCAGCCGUAAUUUCAUUCAACAAAAAUAAUUAAUAAGAAAAUGUAAAUCUUAUUCAAUUAAUUGCUCCAAAUGAAGAGUCUGUGUUUAAGAAGGGUAAUUUAUUUAGAUAUGAAUUAAGGGAAAUAAAAACACGAGUCAUCCUGUUAUUUAACUUGGGAAGAAUUUAAAUAGAAUUUUGAAUCUAUUUAUGUUGUACCUUGGAAGGAUGAUUAUAAAUAUAGAGUGAAUACAAUAACUUUAAAGAACCCAAUUGAACGAAAAUCUGAUUUUAUUGAACAUACUUAUUGCUAUAAAUUUAAAAUAAGUGAACCUGCUAAUUAUUAGUUGACUUUAUGGUAGAAUGAUAUUCUAAUUGAUACUGGUAAGAUAGAGGUAAAAGAUUAAAAAUUAAAGAAUCAAUUAGGUUUAAUUAGAAUGCUCGUGUUUUAAGAAUUGGAUUAGAAGUAAUAUAAAUUUGUUGAUGGUAAUACUGAUUUUUAAAAUUGUAUAUCAAUUAAUUCAACACUUGAGAAGGGAGAAUAUUGUGUUGUAUGUCAAGGCUAUUUUAAUUAUUUUUCAAAUUAUACUGAAAAACAAAAAGAAGAAUAAUUUAAGCUAAAUCUGUCAAUGACUGGACUAAACCUUAAUUUCAACAUAAAUCCAGAUAAUUUGGAUGAAUAAAAAUAAAUUAAAUUAAUUACAAGUUUGAUAAAAGCGAAAUCUCAAUAAGGAAAGAAAAGAUCUUUUGAUUCGAUUGGAUAACCUUAUAUAAAAGUAACUACUAACAAAAAUUAUGGUUUCUUGUAUUUCUAUUAUGAGAACAGAGGAACAAUGGAUAUUAAGGAAGAAAUAGAGUUUAAAGAGAUGGGAUACUUGGUCAAAUAUUAAUCAUUAUAAAAAUAAAAUACAGAUUUAGUGGUUGUCAAGCAUAACAAUUUCGAAAUUCUAUUGUAUACUCUUAACCCAAAAAUUAUCUUUUCAUAAGAUCGAGCAAAAUUUUAAUUAUAAUAUAAACACAAAAUAAUAAAUGAUUUCUAAUAGUCUGCAGUGAUUAAUCAAAAUGCAUAAAAUUAAUAAGUAGAAUGGAUAAAUACUAUAAUUAAACAUAAGAACACUCAGAUUAUUUCUUGUGACAAUGUUGUUGCUUAUAUAAACUAGCAUCAUUAAGGUAUAUUAAGAAUUAUAAUAAGGGGUGAUCAUUUUGUAUCAGAAUAUAUCUGAAAAACAAAUUAAAGUAUCUACAAUAUUUGGUUAACUUGAGAACCUAACUCUUGCGUAAAAAGAGAACUUUAUUGUGGAUGAAAUGAAAAUAUCGUUUUCAGCUUAACCAUUAUCUAAUAUAGUAAUGCUAUUUGAUAUUACAGAAGGUAUAAAUUAUUGUUUUUAGAUGAAAUUAAUUUGUUCUUAAGAUUUAUGA